AUGAAUCAACUCUCUUCACAAGCAAAAGAACCUAACACAUUUAAAAACAGUAAAAAAGCAAGCGAUUCAAUAGGUCAGUUAGGAAUGGUUAGGCUAUUAAAGCAGGCGUUAAUCAUAUAGAUGGGUAGUCACCAAAAAACUCCUGUAUGGGAGGUUCAACUGCUUUUGACAAGCAGGGGAUCUUUCCCCGAAGGUGGAUGCCACUUUCUUCUGUAUAUUUGUCUUUCGGUUUCUGUCUUAAAUGGUCGGCUUAUGGAUUUCUGCGGCCUUGCUACGGGCGAUUAGAGUAGCUUGAUUCCAUGGAUCAGCUUCUUGAAGCCUAUCAGGUUUUGAUGUACCUUCCUUCGGCAGCUACUCGAAAAAGAUUUACUGUGUUGCCUGGGUCGAAACCCCAGUAAUGCCCAUGGGUUCUCGGAUCCAAAGGACCUUGCAGAGUACCCUCCAUUUUCAAGCACCCAAAACUUAUCGGGAUACACAUCACUUGAGCCUGCACUUGAUUCUCUACUCGGAGUCCGUCCCAGUUCGCCGUAGCCAUAAAGUCCGGAUUGCUGCGCCAAGAGAGCAGGCUUACACGUGCCACCAUUUAAUGCACAUAAGCAAUUCAAUAGGAGAAUCCUUUCUUUGUGAGCACUGCAUGAAGUAUUUCGAUUCUGCCUUUACUCUCAAAGCUCAUUUACUGAACGAGUUCGAGCUUGAUGAUGAUUCCAUUGCGUUUUUCAACAUGGAAACAAGAAUAAAUGAAAAUUCAGAAUCGCCAACUUCUGCAGAUACCCAUGAAUGUGAGAAAAUCUUCAAAAAAUCUGAAAAAGUUCUCCUAAACUGUCCAAACUGCAACAAGAUAUUUAAGGGCCAAAAAGGUUUAAACCAGCAUUUAGGGAAAAUUCAUAACAGGAAAAAGAGAAACUCCAUAUGCAAAAAGUGUGGGAAGACGUUUAAGCAUAAAUACGCACUAAAGUUUCAUAUAAGGCAGGUCCACGAUGAAGCAACAAGAGUGCUUUGUACUUUCUGCGGCAAAGAAAUUUACAAUAAAUAUAUGCUUGCAAUUGGCAUGAUUAUUUUUAGAUAAGAAAAUUUAUUAAUUUUUUUUUUGAGGUAUAAUCUUAGUAUUUAUAAAAAAAAUUGCAUAAUUAAUUAAUCUGACGAGCUGAAGAAAUAAGUCCCUUGCAAAGCAUGUCUCUGAAAAGCAUUAUAUUUUAAACUAG